AUUAAACACAACAUGGCACCUGCUGGCCGGGGUGUUGUGGUAGCGCUCUCACUGCUGUAUCUAUCUCGAGCCAUUUUUUCCACCGAAUUCUUUUCUACCCUCACUUUCUUCAACAGUGAACUUCACAAGCAUGGAUGUAGCUCUCCACUGGAAUGGGAGGAAUACGCUUCCGACUGUGAGUCCUCCAUACUUCAACUGGAAGACCCAGACUGCGAGGAUGGAAACAACCCUGCCUGCGAGUCAGUCUUCUCCCUAAACGCAGAGAAGAUUCUGAGCCAGGCCAAGUUGUUCAUUGAGCAGAAGAGGUUUCCAUUUGCAGUCGACAGUCAAGACACAAAUGAGGAACUCGCCAUAGGUUAUGUGCUCAUUGGCAAUGGACUUUAUGAUGAAGCCAUCAAGCAUUUCUCUGUGUUGCUUCAGGGCGACCCCGAAUUGGUCAGUGCUAUCUAUGGCCGAGGGAUUGCUUAUGGGAAAAAGAGUUUGCAGGACAUCAAAAAUGCAGAGCUGGCACUCUAUGAGCUGAGCAGAGUAAUUGCUCUGGAGCCCAGCAGCCCAGAGGUGUACGAGCAGCGGGCAGAGAUCUUGUCUCCUCUGGGUAGGAUCAGUGAGGCCCUGAGCGAUCUCUCCAAAGCCAUCCAGCUGCAGCCCUCCGCCCGCCUCUACAGACACCGAGGGACGCUGCUCUUCAUAUCUGAGGACUAUGUUGCUGCAAUGGAGGAUUUUCAGCAGUCAUUAGAACUUAAAAAGAACCAGCCAAUUGCUAUGCUUUACAAAGGUCUCACAUUCUUUCACAGAGGAAUGCUUAAGGAGGCCAUAGAAACUUUCAAAGAGGCUCUGAAGUUAAAAUCGGACUUCAUUGAUGCAUAUAAAAGUCUCGGACAAGCUUAUAGGGAACUUGGAGACUUUGAGCUGGCCAUGGAGAGCUUCCAGAAGGCGUUACUGCUCAAUCAGAACCACAUUCAGUCCUUGCAGCUGCGAGGGAUGAUGCUCUACCACCAUGGCAGUCUCCAGGAGGCCAUAGGCAACUUCAAGCGCUGCCUGCAGCUGGAGCCCUAUAAUGAAGUGUGCCAGUACAUGAAGGGCCUCAGCCACGUGGCCAUGGGCCAGUUUUAUGAAGGCAUCAAGGCCCAGACCAAGGUCAUGCUCAAUGACCCGCUGCUGGGCCAGAAGGCGAGCUCGGAAUAUCUCAAAGUGAAAUACCUCAGAGAGUACUCUCGCUACUUGCACUCUCAUCUGGACAUACCUGUGUCGGAAUAUAACGCUGAUCAGGAUCUUCCAGGAAACUUCAAAAACCACUGGGCCAAAAACCUGCCUUUCCUUAUAGAGGACUAUGAGGAACAGCCAGGCCUGCAGCCUCAUAUAAAGGAUGUUCUACCUCAGAACUUUGAGAGCUACAACACUGAAGUUCAGAAACUUAUAUGCACUGCUGAUCACCUGGGUGCCCUUAUGCAAUACAAUACGUCAGGGUUCCUCCCCAAUCGUAGGAUACACAGAGCUAUGGGGAUGGCCACUAUAGAGGUGAUGCAGGCCAUGCAGCGGACCUGGAGCAACUCCAAGGUGCGCGUGAAUGGCAAGACCCGACAGAUGCAGUGGAGGGACAUGUUUGACAUUGCAGUCAAGUGGAGGAGGAUUGCAGAUCCAGACCAGCCUGUUCUGUGGUUGGACCAGAUGCCGGCAAGAAGCCUCAGCAGAGGUUUCAACAAUCACAUCAAUCUUAUACGGGGACAGAUUAUAAACAUACGAUAUUUGGGAUACUUUGACAACAUACUCAAAUUUAUCAAAGAGCGAAUACUUGUUUACCACGGCGCAUAUAACCCAAGAGGCCUAGUGGAAGUGAGACAAGCAUUAGAAAAUGUCAAUAAGGUGGAGGACCUUCUCCCCAUAAUGAAGCAGUUUAACAGUAAAACCAGGGAUGGCUUCACAGUCAACUCCAAGGUGCCCAGCCUAAAGGAUUCUGGCAAAGAGUACGAUGGCGUCACAAUUACCAUCACUGGAGACCGGGUGGGGAACAUGCUGUUCUCAGUAGAAACACAGACCACAGAGGAGCGGACCCAGCACUACCAGUCGGAGAUCGAAUCCCUUUAUAAAGACCUGACAGCUAAGGGCAAGGCCCUAAUGUUGUCGACUGAGCUGGGGGAUGCAGAUGCUGUUUGUAAUUUAAUCCUCUCCCUGGUCUACUACUUCUGCAACCUGAUGCCCCUCUCCAGAGGCUCAAGUGUGGUGGCGUACUCUGUUGUCAUGGGAGCACUCAUGGCCAGUGGCAAAGAGGUGAUUGGUCGGAUUCCCCCUGGAAAGCUGGUGGACUUUGAAGCCAUGACUACGCCUAAUCCUGACCGCUUUAGUAAAACAGCGAAGAGUUGGAUGAACCUUAAGAGUUUGCCAGGCUGGUACCAGAGCCUUCCCUCGGUGGCUGAGACGUUUCCCUCCACAAGAACCAUGAUCGAGAUCCUGAACACGGACGCCUCGUCACACUGUCCGAAGAAGUCCUAAGCGUCUCCCGACAUUAAGAAAAAUAAAAAAGGGCCGUCUCCUCCUCCACCGUCUCUGCUCAUAGACUCGCAUGGGACCUUCUUUACAGCACAAUUCAAAAUUGAGACACAAGUUUCAACUUCUUAUACUUAAUGAUUCUACCAGCUGAAUAUGUAAUAAGAUACAACUGCCCAAAAUAAUCAGGCACUACAAACCCAGAGCAGAUUGAUUUAGGUAAAUACAUGUGAUUGUUUAAUUAUGAUGCGUGUCUCUACAUUUUGUGACUUGUUUUAAUCAGGUUUAUAAACAGAGAUGGUGGUUGGGGAGACUUCAACAAAAAUAGUCCUUCAGGGAUUUUUAAGUUCUCCCAGGAUUACUUGAACAUUCAACCCCCCCCCAAGGUUGAAGGGUAGCAGUGACUUCAUGUCAUAACGUAAUUAUCAAAUGUUUCCACCAGACAAUCAUUCUCAUUUUCAUUUUAAAGCACACUUGAUCAGAAAUAUGCUAAGCUUAGCUGUAGCAACAUAGAGGGACACAUUGGGAAGAUCCUAAAAGAUGUGAAUUUGCCCUUACUGUGAAUUGAAUGAUUUUUAAUGGGCCCAGAGGGCUGGCAUUUUUCUUCAGAAAACUACUGUUUUAGUAAUUUGACAUAUCCUUAUCAAGAAUUGUUGUAUGGUGAUGGUUUGUUUUCAUUUCCAUUUCAUUUUGCACUGGGGGAGUGACCAUUAAAAAGCAAAAAAUAUCUCUUCUACCAUCCGUCUCCACAAAACUCAUCAUGACUCAACACAUUCAUGAGACCUUUCGAUUAGGGUAGGCUGGCCAAUAAAGUUCUUAAGAUGCAUCUGAA